GGCGGCACUGCCUGGCGGAGCACCAUGCUGAAGUCCAUCUGUGUCACUGAAAAACUUCACUGGCCUAAGACAGAGCUUUCUAGGAAAUCGGUCCUGAAUCUGGAAGUAGAUAAGCUGAACAUUAAUAAUGAAAACAGCCUUCAGCAUCCACCUUCUGGGAUCCUUAAGGACAUUUUCACAACAGGAACCAGUAGCUACAAUGUCCUUCUGCAGAGCAAAGAGGAGAAAAAGCACCACGCUCAAAAGCCAUCGUCCGUCCACCACAAGAAACACAGGAGGACCACCAAGUGCUCCUGCAGCUCGCGAGGCAGCGAGCACCGCCGGGCGAAGGCUCCGCUCUCCUUGCUGGGCGGGCGGUGCUGCGGGCCCCGGCAGCCGCCCCCGCUCGGCGCCGACCCCGCGGCCGCGGGCCUCAGGCUCGCCAGCCGCGCCCCGGCCGCGGGCAGCGCCGCCGCGCUGCCGCCGCGGCCCAGGAGCAGGACUAAAAAGCACUCCAGUCUCACCAAGCCAAAGCAGUCCCAGUCCUCAAAAAGCCUUGGGAAGGAUGGUGAUGCCGCUGGACAAAAGCUCUGUUUACUGACUGCAAUCAAGCCGUCCAAUGUGGAGAAAGAGAAGGUUAAAUUUUUCAACUCCGAUUUCACGUACAAUCCUCAGUUUGAAUACGAAAACCCUGCUCUGCCAAAUGUGUUAGCUAAGCACAGCCAUGCAUCUGACAGAUUUCUUAAGCAGUCCAUUAAUAUUAUGAAGCGGACACUGCAGAAAUAUGGAAGCUAUGAAAAAUUUGAACAGGCUGCUGGAGGCAGCUUGCUGACCAAAAGUCGCAUCUGGAAUCAUGUCAGAAAGUACAUGGUGAAAGAAGGCUGCCUUGGUGAGAUUGUGGUCCAUCUCACGGAGGACCUGCUGUCCCGAGCCUCCAUGACUGUAGUGAAUGGCCGCCCCACUCUCACCAUCAAUGUCUCCACUGCGCGAGAGCACUGGCUGGAGGGGAUGCUGAGACACGAAAUUGGAACUCAUUACUUUCGGGGUUUUAACAACAACAGUCAGCCUUGGUGCAAUCGUAAUGGACGUAGAAAACACGGGUUAAAACCAAUCAACCCUACAGAAGAGGGGCUAGCAAGCAUUCACAGUGUCCUGUUCCGCAAAGACCCUUUCCUUUGGAGAGCUGCCCUGCUCUAUUACACAGUGUACCAGGCCAGUCAAAUGUCCUUCAGUCAGCUUUUCCAGGAUGUGGGGAAAUUUGUCAAGGACCCUAAUACUAGGUGGGAUUACUGCGUACGCGCCAAGAGAGGAUGGACUGACACUUCACAACCAGGCUGUUUCAAUAAGGACCAGGUGUACUUGGAUGGCAUCCUCCGAAUCCUGAGAUACAGGGAAUCCAUUGAUUUUCAUCUUCUGACAGCCCUCGGAAAGAUCUCAUAUGAGGAUGUGGAUCGCCUGAAAGGAUUAGCUGUGAUUGAGAACAUGAGGGUGCCACACUUUUUGCAAGACCACGCCCGGUACAUGGAACACUUGAAAAAGAUCAUGGAAGUCAAUGAGCUGACUGAUGACGAGCUCCAGGAUCUCAUAAAUUAACAAUAUUAGACCUCUAUUCACUUACUGUAUGAGGAUGUAGAACAGGACUUCAUAGAGCUUGCAAAAAGGGUCUGAUGAGGGAUGGGAGGGAAGAGUGGCCAGAAUAUGUGGAAUUCAGAAAAAGACCUUUUAUGUCCUUUUGCAUUGUGAUUGUGUACUGAUUAUUUUUUAAGGGGAUUGUGCAUUUUUGCAAAAUUUGGCUUAGAAAUUCCACUGCAGUAAUCUGUCCAAUCAUCUACUCUCUUUUGUAUGCUUGGUAUAGUGCUCAAUGCUGUUUCUUGUAAUAUAUUGCCUUUUCCCACCCAGUUUAGAGGUGGAGAAAAGGAUACAGAGGAGAAAUUCCCCCUUAGUUCACUUUUGUUUUCCUUAUCUUUGGUCAUAGCUGUCAUGGUUCAUAGCAAUAGAACUGCUGUAGAUUACGCUGCAUUGCUGUCUGCAUAAUUUUCCCAUUUAGUCAUCAUUACAAUGAAAACAGAAAGUUUAAAAACAGUGCACAGAAGCAGGUCUUUGUGCUACAGGAUCGAAGUCCAUAACAUUACAAAAAAGUUUCAGGUUUUUUUUUUAGUGAGAGGAUUAGCAUUUUAAAAAAGAGAAAAGGUAGGUAGUGCUGUUUUAAUGACUGUAAGUGGAUAGCAAAGCUUUCCCUUUCAUUCCCUCAAAAAGUUACACCAUUCUACAUAUUUAUGUGUAUAAGUACAUGUUUCAGGAAGCUGAAUUCUGGGAAGAACCUCCCUCCUUUGAGGACAAGCAUAGCAUGUCUAGGAAAUUCAGCAUGGCAGUGUUUUGGAAGGAGGAUGGAGCAAAACUGAUUUCAUGAUCCAUGGUUCUAAAUAAAUUCAGGAACUUAGGGCCAUGAUUCAGCACAGCAGGCAGCACUCAAUUCUUCAUUGGGUCACCUGAGCCUACAGAGUAUCAGGUCACAUUUUUGAGCGGUACCCCCACAUUGCAACAAGCUUGGGCUUGCAGAGCUCAUUUCAGAAACAAGAUGAGACUGGAGGAGUGAAGACAAUUCUCAAGUGCCCUAUUCUUAUGUUCCAACAGAAGUGCUGCACUAUCUUGAAGCAACUUUACCUCUGUUUUAACUGCUGGUGCUACAUCCAGGACCAAGAGAGAAUGUUCCUUACAGCAAAGAGCCUUCUCUAGUCAUAUGAUGAAUAGCUUAGAUGAUGCAGGAGGACUUACUACAUAAACUAUAUUUUCUGAUUGUGGAGUAUUAUUGAAUUGGUGAGGCAAAGUAUGUAAGUAUUCUGACAAAGGGUUUUGUUUUAGUAGACAGGAUUUUACAAGGGCUCCUCUGAACUCCUGGGAAGGAGCUGUGGUAAGAGGCUGGGCAGAAACUAGUGGGAGCCUUGGAGAGGGCUUCUGCCCUUUCUUACCCUGCUGCUUUUACCCAUGGGUAACAGGCUUGGCAUGGAAUAAGGUGAGUUAGAUGGUGCCAAGGUUUCACCCACGCUGUACUUGCAUGGACCUGAGCCAGAGUAUCCCUUUCCUCUUAUCCUAAUCUUUAAUGUAACAAAUGCAAUUAACUCUCCCACCUUGGUUUACACCCAGGACAUUACCAGAUAUUACAGUAAAAUCUGGAAAACACAUUUUCUGAUCCAUAAGAAAAUCUGUGAGGAAAAGGUGAUGGUUGGCUAAUAGAUCUGAAGGUUUAUGAAUAAUCCGUGAAAGCAGCUGCCUUUCAGGUACCAUUGCAGGUUGUUUGCAAUGGCUGGCUGCCUGCUGCAAAAAACAAAAUGUGUUCAACAAGCAUAAAUUUAUUGAUUUUAGUUAUUUUCAAGGCAGGGACUGUGAAUUGCUUGCAGCAGCCUUAAUUUUGUGUCGUCAGUAUUGUUCAGGAGCUGAAAGCCAUUCAGCUUCUGUAUGCUGUUUUCUCUCGUUUUCUUCUUCAGGCUGUCUAGUUUAGUCACUGGUGACUUUGCCUGCCCAGUUUUGUUUUAGAGCUGUGCAGAGCAGCCACAGUGUUGCAGCAGCCUGAUAGAAACCAUUUGCAGUCAGUUAUGCACAUGUGGUUUUGGCUCCUUUGCCAGAAACAGCAAGAAAGCUACAUAUGAUGAAGUCAAGCCAAGGAUUACAGUCAAAAGCUGUCUUUGGAGUAAACUGGACAGAGAUAAUGGGAGAUACACCGUGGAAAAAUCUGGCUCACUUUCCUGACCCUAGGGUAUGCAAUGGGGACAAUCCUUUAAGAAAUAAACAAUUUUGUACUGA